GCGACGUUCAACUUAACUUCUGAAGUUGGAACGACACUAUUCUAAACCAUAGUUCUGAAGGAAGAGGCAAGUGUAAUGACGAAAGAUGGAUGAAGAUGUUUAUGAAGUCCGGGAGCAGAAUGAGUACCGCUACCUGGUGCAGGAGGAGGACGCGGAGGUGCAGUACUGCAGGCGCACCUAUGUGAGCCCCUUCCUGCUGCUCUCUCGCAGGUGCCUCUUCCUCAUUGGCUGUGGGGUGCUCUCCCUGCUGGUACUUGCGGGGUACCUGGCCUAUGUGGCCCAAACGCCGCUGCAUGGCCUCGCCAGGGUCCACACCGACUGCGGGGAGCUGCAGGGCCUCAAGAAGGGCCAGGCCUACGCCUUCAAAGGGAUCCCUUACGCCGAGCCUCCAGUCGGCGAGCGCAGGUGGAGGCCUCCAGCUGACCUCCAGGGGCCGCUCUGCUGGAAAGGGCUGUACGAUGCCACCCGCCCGCGGCACGCCUGCGCCCAGGUGCAGCCCCUGGAGCAGACGGGACAGGUGAUGGGAGAGGAGGACUGCCUGCACCUGAAUGUAUGGACCCCCACCCUGGAGGCCGAGGCCCGGCUGCCCGUCAUGGUGUGGGUCCACGGGGGGUACCUGCACAUGCUGAGCGGCCUGGAGAAGGGAUAUUCCCCUACCGAGGAGCUGGCAGCCCAGACCGGCCUGGUCUACGUCAGCUUCAACUACCGGCUCAACGCCUUCGGGUUCCUGGCCCUGGAGCUACUUCGCCAGGGUUCCCCUAGCAACACUUCUGGGAAUUAUGGCUUCAUGGACCAGAUAUCCGCACUUCGUUGGGUUCAGAGAAACAUCCAUGUAUUUGGAGGAGACCCUGGAAGAGUCACUAUAUUUGGGCAAAGCUCAGGGGGAACCUCUGUGUGGACCCUGAUGACGUCACCGCUGGCUAAGGGCCUCUUCCACAGGGCCAUUGAUAUGAGUGGCUCGUACAUCUACAGUGGCUCCCUGGAGAGCGCUGAGAAAGACAACCUGAUCUUCCUCAAUAUGUCUGGCUGCCAGGACCUUGCAUGUCUGCAUAAACUCUCCAAGACUCAAAUCCUUCAGGCAAUUCCAUGGAAGGAAUACCCUAGUUGGGCAGGAGGGGAUUUAACAGACUUGCCAACAAAGGGCGGGUUUGUUGGGCCGGUGGCUGUAGUAGACGGACAUGUUCUGCUGGACACACCAUUCAACACCUGGGAAUCAGGAUCUGGCUACAGUGAUGUUCCCUUUGUAGUUGGUACAACGGAACAGGAAGCCGACUUCAGCCCAACUUAUGAAAACAUCUCAACAUGGAUUUGGGAUGACUAUCGCUGGUUUGUGACAGAGAAAUUGAGUCCAUUUGAUGCCAGUCUACCGAAAGAGGCCUUGGAGCUGUACCCCACUUCUGACUGGUGUCCCACCAAUGACCGCUGUCCAGAGAGGCAAUACACCACCAUGGUCUCAGACCUGAGAGUGACCUGUCCCAACAACGACCUGGCCAGCAGAGCUGCAAGGGCCUUGAGGAGCCCGGUGUACCGUUAUGUAGUCACUCACACGCCCUCCAAAGAAGCCAACACCUCCCCGCUCAUUCCCUUCUCUGCGCGCUUCUCCUUCCAUGGGCUGGACAUCCUGGCCUUCUUCAGGGGUUUAAGGGGUGAGCUGGGCCAGAUGAGCCCAGCUGACCAGAGCUUCCAGGACAUCAUCACCACCAACUUUGUUGACUUCGCCAAAACAGGAAAGAUGCCGGACACUUGGCCCCAGUACCCUUCACACAUGGCUCUCCUCUCCAGCAACUUCACAGUCAUCCAGAACUACUCCUCUGCCCGCUGCAUCCUGUGGGAGGAAAAGGGCUUCUUUCCCUAUGCAUGGGCCAACUGAGCAAGCCACAAACACCCAACACAAAGACCAAAGACCACCCACGCAUGGGCCAACUGAGCAAGCCACAAACACCCAGCACAAAGACCAAAGACCACCCACGCAUGGGCCAACUGAGCAAGCCACAAACACCCAGCACAAAGACCAAAGACCACCCACGCAUGGGCCAACUGAGCAAGCCACAAACACCCAGCACAAAGACCAAAGACCUCCCACGCAUGGGCCAACUGAGCAAGCCACAAACACCCAGCACAAAGACCAAAGACCACCCACGCAUGGGCCAACUGAGCAAGCCACAAACACCCAGCACAAAGACCAAAGACCUCCCACGCAUGGGCCAACUGAGCAAGCCACAAACACCCAGCACAAAGACCAAAGACCACCCACGCAUGGGCCAACUGAGCAAGCCACAAACACCCAGCACAAAGACCAAAGACCACCUACGCAUGGGCCAACUGAGCAAGCCGCAAACACCCAGCACAAACACCCAGCACAAACACCCAGCACAAACACCCAGCACAAACACCCAGCACAAACACCCAGCACAAACACCAAAGAUGGAUGCUUUUAGAGAUUUAAGUGAAUACAGGUAUGUGAAUGGAUGAGCUGGUUUAAAUUUGUAUUUACACAGAGGGAAAACUUACAACUGCUUCAUUUUAAAUAUAUUGUGUGUUUACAAACAAACAGGACCGGUGAAUUUGUGGCCAAAUGUUUUGUAGCUUUCGUAUUUUGCUUUUUAUAUCAUAAAAGAAUGUGAGCACGCACCCACAAGAUGUCAAGAUGAAUCACACGAUGAUUCAUGAUGAUCUGACACAUAACUGAUUUGAAUUGGUUAUGUAUGAAGGUGUUUUACCGAAAAAUGUAAAAAUGUCAAGAAAAUAUUUUGUCAUAUAAUUUGUCCAUGUCUAGAUCAAUGAAAUCAUUCACCAGCCAAAAAUAAACAUAAAAAUCCUUACUAGAA